GAUCCACUCCCCAAUCACACACUAUCUCUCUCUUUCUGCACAAACUUAGAGAGAGAGAGGGAGGUUUAUGAUUCGAUGAGCAGGAGCAGGGCCCCGGAAGAAGAAGAAGAAGAGGAACGCUUCCAUGACUCGCUCGACCGUCUCCUCUCUUUUUCCAACACUUCCGACGAUUAUAAUUCCAAUCACUACGACGUUUGGAUCUCCCACCCCGCCUCUGUCCAGGAACGCCGCAUCCACCUUCUCACCCAGCUUGGCCUCUAUCUCCCCUCGCUUUCCUUCUACCACGAUACCUUCAACUCCUUUGUUAGUCAUGACGCUUCGACCAAUUUGGAGAGAUCGGCCAGCAGCAAUCGAUCGUCGCUGAGCAAUUCAGUUUCUCCCCCAAACUUUAAAAUUAGAAAUGAUUAUAACUGUAAUGAGACUUCGAGUCCCAAGAGUGGGGAGUUGGAUGGGUCGGUUGAUGCGAAUGCCAUGUGUAUGAUUAAAAAUCUUGACAAUGGAAAGGAAUUUGUGGUGAAGGAGGUGAAGGAAGAUGGCAGUUGGAAGAAGAUCAAGGAAUUGGGGACGGGUCGCCACUUGACCAUGGAGGAGUUCUCGUCCGAGAUGUGUGUUGGGACUUCGCCAAUCGUACAAGAAUUGAUGAGGAGACAGAAUGUUGAGGAUGGGAACAAACAAGGGUCAGACCUACAUUCUGAUGGGACCUUCGGCUCUGCACCUAAGUCGAACAAGAGGGGGAGUUGGUUGAAAAGUGUAAAGAAUGUGGCGAUUUCUGUUACUGGACAUAAGGAUCGACGUAGGAGUGAUGAGAGAGACACGUCAUCUGAGAAGGGUGGGAGGAGGUCAAGCUCUGCCACGGAUGAUAGCCCAGAAAAAGUUCGAGUUAGGCAGUAUGGGAAGUCAGUUAAAGAGCUUACGGCUAUGUACAAGAGCCAGGAGAUACAGGCUCAUAGUGGUUCAGUUUGGGCUAUUAAGUUUAGCUUGGAUGGGCGAUAUUUGGCUAGUGCUGGCGAGGACUGUGUGAUUCAUGUUUGGCAAGUUGUGGAAACAGAAAGGAAGGGAGAUUUCCUAUUUGACAAAUUGGAAGAUGGGAAUUUCAAUCUUCUGCUUCUAGCCAAUGGAUCUCCAGAGCCAUCAUCUUUAUCACCGAAUUUAGAAGGUCAAUUCGAGAAGAAAAGAAGAGGGAGGUCGUCUGUAACUAGGAAAUCCUUGAGUCUUGAGCAGAUAUUUGUGCCUGAGACAGUGUUUUCCCUCUUGGAGAAACCUAUAUGUUCAUUUCAAGGACAUUUAGAUGAUGUACUGGACCUGUCAUGGUCGAAAUCUCAGCAAUUGCUUUCAGCUUCAAUGGAUAAAACGGUGCGGCUAUGGGAUUUAACUAGCAAAUCAUGUUUAAAGAUCUUCUCACACAGUGACUAUGUAACAUGCAUCCAGUUUAAUCCAGUUGAUGAUAGAUACUUCAUCAGUGGAUCCUUAGAUGCUAAGGUGCGUAUCUGGAGCAUUCCAAAUCGCCAAGUCGUUGAUUGGAAUGAUUUGCAUGAAAUGGUCACUGCAGCUUGUUACACACCUGAUGGAAAGGGCGCACUUGUUGGUUCAUACAAGGGUAGCUGUCGCUUAUACAACAUAUCAGAAAAUAAGUUGCUGGAGAAAAGCCAGAUCAAUCUUCAGAAUAAGAAGAAGAAGAAGUCUCAUCAUAAGAAAAUAACUGGGUUCCAGUUUGCACCAGGAAGUACAUCCGAGUUCAUUGUCACAUCGGCUGAUUCCCGAGUUCGAGUUAUAAAUGGUGUCGACCUGGUUCACAAGUUCAAAGGGUUCCAUAACACAAACAGCCAAAUUUCGGCCUCCCUUACUUCUGAUGGAAAAUAUGUGGUCACGGCCAGUGAAGAUUCGUAUGUUUAUGUUUGGAGACACGAGGGUGAAUACCGACCUAACAGAAGUAAAGGUGUUAAGGUGACCAGAGCUUACGAGCUUUUUCACUGUCAAGAUGUAUCGGCAGCAAUCCCUUGGCCUGGCCUGGCCAUGUCUGACACAUGGAGCCUCCAAGAUACUUGUGGCAGAGUACCAAAUGGCACGGAUGGUUGUUCUGAGGUCUUAAACGAGUAUCAUCUGACUACGCCAGUUGGUGAAACCAAUGGCGGUGAAGGGUGGCCCUUACCAUCAGGGUGCAGUAACAGCCCACUCAAUGGAUCUCUAUCCAAUGGAGAAAACAGUCACAUAUUCGAUAGAAUCUCAAUGACGUUGCCGGAGGAGAAACUCGUGUCAGCUACUAAGAACUGUAGCCCACGUGUAGGUGUGGACUUCUCGAAUGGGUUCCACCAGAACAGGUCGGCGUUGGGUAUGGUGAUAGUAACUGCAGGCCUUAGAGGAGAAAUCAAGACAUUCCAGAAUUUUGGAUUGCCGGUUCGAAUUUAGGCGCGGGAGUGGAGUUUGAAAAUCUGCGAAGUUUGCAACAAUUUGUACAGAUAUUCGGAGACGAUGUAAGUCUUCUUUUACACUUUAAUAUGGGGCCAAAGGGGUAUUGAGAGUAAAGAAGAAACAUGGUUACAGCUGAGUUUAGAAACCGAUUUAUUACACCGUAAUCGGUAAGUGGAGAUUUAAGGAUAUUGUUAUAGUAUCAGUCAAAAUUCCUUACCAAUUCUUUAUUUUCGUUUUGAGCUUUGUAUACUAGUUUCAUAGUCAUAUUGGAAGUGUACUAUAUUCAAGGAUUCGUAGAGUAUAUGUGGGGUUUAUGGUGAUCAUCGAUGUAAAGAUUAUAACAAUAAAGGUUACUUUAAGGAUGUGAUUCAUUGGAUAAAAAUAA